AUGACGUUGUUUCAGGUAAAUGUGCUGGCUUUCUGCAUCUGCGCCAAGGAGUCUAUAAAACUGAUGAGAAAAAAAGAGGAUUCAGAUGGCCAGAUCAUUCACGUAAGCAGUCUGCUUUCCCGCACUUUGUGCCUGGCCGGACCACUGGAUGCCGUAUCAUCGGGACUGCGCUUCUACAGAUUUUCCAAAUACAUGGUUGGAGGCAUUAUCGAAGAUCUGAGGGAAGAAUUGAAAGAUUUUGAGUUCUCCAUUAGAAUUGCAGGUAUCAGUCCAGGUUUGUCAGAAGACGAAACCGCUUACACGAGUCUCCAAAAGCCUGAGGUUCUGAAGGAGCUGAAGCAAAUGGUGGAAUGUUUGAGACCGCAUCGCAUCGCAUCGGCUGUGGAAUCUGUCCUCAAACUGUCCCGGAAAGAUGUCCUCAACAAUAGAGACUACGUCGUGCUGCCGAGGUCGACGGAAGAUCCACGGAAAAAGAUGAAAUCGUCGCGUUAA